AUGCAGUCCAUCAGAGACUUGAAGCCCAACUUCAGCGGCCCUCCUCCCUCCUCCAUGGCUGCCGGCCCCGAUGCCUAUCACCAGGGCAACAUCAGGAUGACUCUGGAGGACCCUGAACUCUGGAAGACCUUCCAUGAAAUAGGGACAGAGAUGAUCAUUACUAAACCGGGCAGGAGGAUGUUCCCACACUGUAAAAUUAACCUCUCUGGCCUGAUUCCAUGUGCCAAGUACAUCUUACUGGUGGACAUGGUCCCUGAGGAUGGAUUCAGGUAUAAGUGGAAUAAAGACAAAUGGGAGGUGGCAGGAAAAGCGGAGCCCCAGCCUCCCUGCAGGACCUACCUCCACCCCGACUCUCCGGCCCCGGGGAGCCACUGGAUAAAGCAGUCCGUCUCCUUCCUCAAGCUCAAGCUCACCAACAAUACACUCGACCAGCACGGCCAUAUCAUUUUGCACUCCAUGCAUCGCUACCACCCGCGCUUCCACAUCGUCCAGGCUGAUGACCUCUUCAGCGUCCGCUGGAGUGUUUUCCAGACCUUCACCUUCCCCGAGACCUCCUUCACAGCAGUCACGGCCUACCAGAACACCAAGAUUACAAAGCUGAAGAUCGAUCACAACCCGUUUGCAAAAGGUUUCCGGGAUGAAGGCACCAAUAAAAAGAGACGUGCCAACAAGAGCCCAGCCUGCCUUGAGAAACGAGCCAGGAUGUCGGACAUCUUAAACAGGGACUCUGAGGAGGACAGCCCACCAGAUUUCUGCCCGUCAUCCUACGAGGGUUACGACGGAGAGGAAGCCGACCUGCCCAAAAGGAAAGAGGAUGAGGCAGUUAAAGAGGAGCGUUACUCCCCGUGGGCUGCAGAGAAGGAGCACAGCGUGAGGACGGACUCCCCCGCUGGGGCAGACCCCAGAGACAUGUACAACACAGAGCAGCUGGUUCCUGCUCCAGCCUCCUACCAGCCGUACAGGUUCCACGAGUACGGAAAGUCCCCCUCGCCGUCCUCCAGCAUCGGCAGCAGCAACAGCGGGUCCGGACGCAGCAGCUUUGAGUCCAGAGUCCCCGAUGUCGCCACCGUGCCCGACCACGACUCUUCAAAGCCGCGCACACACGAGAUCGGCCCUUCCCCUUGCGGCCCCCAGCACCUCCCCGCCCCCCAGGACUACACCGGGGUCCUCAACAUGACCAUGGCCCAGGCCGGCAAGACCGGGGGGGUGAUCGGCCACCACAUCUACAGCCCAUAUGGCGCCGAGCAGCCCCUGGGUCAGUGGGGCGGCCCCGGUCCCGCCCAGUACCCCCCGCCUCACCACCUGACCGCUGACUACACCACGCAAGCUGUGCACCACGGCUAUCACCAUGGCAACGUGGCUGAGUGGAGCCAGUACCCGCUGUUUUCUUAUUCCUGCUGGUGA